AUGGUGAAGAUUGAAGAAUUCGCGGUUGAGCAGUGGAUGGACAAGUACGAGACUACGGCCAAAUUCAACACUGCCGAGACUUGCUGUGCCUCCCUUUCCAUCGAUGACCUCCGAGAGCUUUCCGAUGACAAGGAAACCAACCCUUUGACACAGCUCCAGUCAACCAAGCUUACUUAUGGUGCGAUCAGAGGCUCUGACAAGCUACGCGAAACCUUAGCCAACCUAUAUUCUGCAAAGACAACCAAUCAGUUGCCGAAAGACAAUGUGUUGAUCACACCUGGUGCCAUUCAGGCCAACUUCCUGGCUCUAUAUACCCUCGUUGGACCAGGGGACCAUGUUAUCUGCCACUAUCCAACAUAUCAACAGCUUUACUCGGUUCCUGCGUCUCUGGGGGCUGAGGUGAGCCUGUGGAAAUCCAAGGAAUCUGACGGAUGGAAGCUCGACAUUGAGGAGUUGAAAGGACUCAUUCGCCCCAACACAAAACUGAUUAUUAUCAACAACCCCCAGAAUCCCACCGGAGCCAUCGUCCCGCGCAACCAUCUCGAAGAUGUGGUCAAGAUUGCCCGCGAGUCUUCCAUCACCGUCUUGGCCGACGAGGUAUACCGACCUCUUUUCCACAACAUCAGCCCCAUGGACCCGGAGUUUCCCCCUUCAAUUCUCUCUCUCGGAUACGAAAACACAAUUGCUACCGGUUCCACCUCAAAGGCAUACAGCUUAGCUGGACUACGCGUGGGAUGGAUCGCAUCGCGAAACCGAUCAAUCAUUGAAGCAUGCGCCAGUUCUCGCGAUUACACUACGAUAUCCGUUGGCCAGAUCGAUGAUGCCGUGGCUAGCUUUGCUCUAGCGCCGGAAUGUAUUCACAAUCUCCUUCGCCGAAACAUUGAUCUUGGCCGUACAAAUCUUGAGAUCUUGGAGAAAUUCAUUGAGAGUCACCGGUGGGCCUGUGACUGGGUGAAGCCUCGGGCUGGCACGACCGCGUUUGUUCGGUUCGCGAAGAUGGGAAGGCCGAUUGAUGACGUUGCUUUCUGCGAGAAGCUGCAAGAAGAGUCAGGUGUGAUGUUUGUGCCGGGUAGCCGGUGCUUUGGAGGAGGGGAGGAUUUCCAGGGCUACGUCAGAAUCGGAUAUGCUUGCGAAACUGAUGUGCUCGAGAAGGGCCUCGAAGCGCUGCGUGAGUUCAUGGAGGAAAGUUAUGAAGAUGUACCGGCGUUGAAAAAGAAGAAAGCACCGCAAUAA